AUGUAUACACAAAUAUUCAAGGAAAUUCUCCUUGAUAUGGAUCAUGGUCAACAAGCCAUUAAAGAUUUGGUCACCUUCUGCCAAGAAAAAUAUAAAGGUAAUAAAACAGAACUCAAUGUUAUCGAUGAAUUUCAGCGUACUUAUCGUCCAUCAAAGGCCAUUUGGUGGUAUACACGCCAAUGUUUUACAUACAACAUGCUUAAUCGAGCAUUACGAACGCUCGAUGGUGAUAUUAUUAUCCGAAUGGGAUUUUAUUUAUGUGAUGUCCAUCGACAAAUUGAAGAUUUACAUAGCAAACAAAUCAAUAAAUAUCAUGGUAAGACACUUUUACUUUAUCGGGGGCAGGGAUUAUUGACGGCAGAUUUCGAAAAAAUCGCUAAAAACAAAGGUGGACUUAUUUCGUUUAAUAACUUUUUAUCUACCAGUAAAAAUCGAAAAAUCUCUCUCGAAUUCGCCAAGGACGCCUUAGAAACAACCGCUAUGGUUGGUGUUCUUUUCCAAAUGACUAUCGAUCCCACAGAGUCAUCAACUCCAUUUGCUUCGAUUCGAGAGCUGAGUGAGUUCGCACAAGAAGAUGAAAUUCUCUUCUCCAUGCACACAGUUUUUCGAAUUGGUGAAGUUCGAAAAAUUGAGAAGAAAAGUCCACUUUAUGAAGUGGAUCUCAACCUUACAGCAGAUGAUGACCAACAACUCCGUCAAUUAACCGAUCGUAUAGCAGAAGAGAUCGAUGGCACCGGGUGGUAUCGAUUGGGUAAAUUGCUGCUCCAAAUAGGUCAAUUUGACAAGGCCGAAGAAUUAUAUACCACAUUACUAGAACAGGCAUCGGAUGACAGCGAUAAAGCAUAUAUCUAUCACGAGUUAGGUAGAGUGAAAGGACGACAGGGUCAAUAUGAAAAACAGAUUACGUUUUAUGAGAAAGCACUUGAAAUCGACCGAAAAACUCUCCCAGAAGAUCAUCCUUCAUUGGCUAAUACCUACAACAACAUCGGUGCAGCAUAUAACUACUUGGGUGAAUACCCGAAAGCACUUGAAUUUUACGAAAAAACAAUUAAAAUAGAAGAAAAGGUCUUAUCUCCGAAUGACCCUAAUUUGGCUACUUCCUACAACAACAUCGGUGCAGUAUAUAACGCCAUGGGUGACUACUCGAAAGCGCUGGAAUUUUACGAAAAAGCACAUAAAAUAAGAGAAAAAGCUCUGCCUCCGAAUCAUCCCGAUUUGGCUUCUUCUUACUCCUUUAUCGGUGGAGUCUACAACACCAUGGGUGAUUACUCGAAAGCACUUGAAUUUUACGAAAAAGCACUUAAAAUAAGAGAAAAAGCUCUGCCUCCGAAUCAUCCCGAUAUGGCUCAAUCCUACAACACUACCGGUUCAGUGUAUAACGACAUGGGUGAUUAUCCAAAAGCACUUGAAUUUCACAAGAAAUCCCUUGAAAUAAUACAAACAUCUCUACCUCCGAAUCAUCCUCAUUUGGCUUAUCCAUACAGCUGGUUUGGAAAGAUUUAUCGCAGUAUGAAAGAUUAUCCAAGAGCACUUGAGAAUUUCGAAAAGUGUCUCUCAAUACGUCAAAAAGCUUUACCUGAAAAUCAUCCGGAUCAGGCUUUUGCAUAUAGUAAUAUUGGUGAUGUU